AUGUCAAAUUUUUUGGUUUCUACUUGUUCAUCACCAUUAGCACUUGAUGAAAAUAAUAGCACCAAGCAAGAUCAUGUGAUCCGCAAUACUGUCACUUUCCAUUCUAGCAUUUGGGGGGAUCAAUUUCUUACAUAUGAUGAGAAAGAUGAUUUAGUUGCGGAGAAACAACUUGCUGAAGAGCUCAUAGAAGAAACAAGAAAAGAGCUAAUCAUCACAACUUCGAGCCAUGAACCCAUACAACAUAUGAAGCUCAUACAACUCAUUGAUGCAGUCCAACGCCUUGGUGUUGCCUAUCAUUUUGAAAAGGAGAUCGAGGACGCCUUGCAACAUGUCUAUCGUACAUAUGGCCAUCAGGGGAUACACAAUAAUAACGACCUACAAAGUAUUUCCCUUUGGUUCCGAAUCCUAAGACAACAAGGCUUCAAUGUUUCAUCAGAAAUAUUCAAGAAUCAUAUGGACGAGAAGGGGAACUUGUUUAGUAAUGACGUUCAAAGCAUGCUUGCUUUGUACGAAGCAUCGUAUAUGAGGGUGGAAGGUGAAAAGGUAUUGGAUGACGCUCUCGAAUUCACUAAAACUCACCUUGCCAUCAUUGCCAAGGAUCCGUCUUGCGACUCUUCUUUAAGAACCCAAAUACAAGAUGCACUAAGGCAACCACUUCGAAAAAGGCUGCCAAGGCUAGAGGCGGUGCGUUACAUACCUAUCUACCAACAACAAUCUUCCCAUAAUCAGAUCUUACUGAAGCUCGCAAAGUUAGAUUUUAACAUGCUUCAAACAAUGCAUAAAAAGGAACUUAGCGAAAUUUGCAAAUGGUGGAAAGAUUUGGACAUGCAGAAUAAGCUACCAUUUGUCCGGGACAGAUUGAUAGAAGGCUACUUUUGGAUAUUGGGAAUCUAUUUUGAGCCUCAUCAUUCUCGCUCAAGAAUGUUCCUAAUCAAAUCAUGCAUGUGGUUAGUCGUUAUAGAUGACACAUUUGAUAAUUAUGGUACUUAUGAAGAGCUUGAGAUCUUUACGGAAGCCGUUGAAAGAUGGUCCAUAAACUGCUUGGAUAUGCUACCGGAAUACAUGAAAUUAAUAUAUAAAGAACUUGUGAUUGUUCACCAAGAAAUGGAGGAAACACUUGAAAAAGAAGGAAAAGCAUAUCACAUCCACCAUGUUAAGGAGCUGGCGAAAGAGUGUACCAGAAGCUUGCUAGUAGAAGCCAAAUGGUUAAAAGAGGGGUACAUGCCGACACUGGAUGAAUACAUCUCUAAUUCAUUGAUAACUUGUGCGUAUGCUGUGAUGAUCGCAAGAUCUUAUGUUGGUGGAGACGACAAGUUGGUUAAUGAGGAUUCAUUUAAAUGGGUGGCCACACAUCCUCCUCUAGUCAAAGCUUCAUGUUUGAUUUUAAGACUUAUGGAUGAUAUUGCUACCCACAAGGAGGAACAAGAAAGAGGCCAUGUUGCUUCAAGCAUCGAAUGCUACAUAAAGGAAACUGGUGCAACUGAGGAGGAAGCACGUGAACAUUUUUCAAAACAAGUCGAGGAUGCAUGGAAAGUUGUGAAUCGAGAGUCUCUUAGGCCUACAGCUGUCGCGUUUCCACUCGUCAUGCCUGCAAUCAACCUUGCACGUAUGUGUGAUGCGCUUUAUAAAGGCAACCACGAUGGUUAUAAUCAUGCGGGGAAAGAAGUGAUACAAUACAUCAAAUCCCUCCUUGUUCACCCUUUAAUUUAGUUAGUGGUUUAAGGUUCUUCCGGUCUUGGAUGACGUUUAACUUGGUGUUUUUCAAAUAAGGAGCCAUUGUGAUAUAUAAUGUGUUACAACUUUAUUUUGUCUGAGUUGUUUUGGUGGUUUACAAGUUUGAUGUAUGAGACACAUUUUUAUGCAAUGAAAUUAUGAUCAAUUACUG